CGUGAACGCAGCACAAGACGACAGCAGGCAGAGGUGAAAAGUCUGGAUCAUGUUUUCAUUCCAGCGGAGGCAUACUUGAACGACAAAGGACAUUGUAAAUAAAGAUCAACUGGGCAGUUAGCAGAGCACGUCGAGGUUCUGUCCACAAGGAGAAGACAUUGAUGUUGUUGUUUGCUAACCCGCUAGCACAAGCUGAUAUUUGUUAGCUAGCUAACGGAGGACCCUGUUAGCUAACCGUCACCAUCAUCGCUCCUAGACAGCUGUGCAUCGCCCUGUCUUCCUACGAUGGGAAACGCAGCAACUGCCAAGAAAGGCAAUGAGCAAGAAAGCGAGACUUUUGUGAAAGAGUUCUUAGCUAAAGCCAAAGAAGAGUUUUUAAGAAAAUGGGAGUGUCCACCACAGAGCACAACUGGCCUUGAUGACUUCGAUAGGUUCAAGACUCUGGGCACUGGCUCCUUUGGGCGAGUUAUGCUUGUCAAACAUAAAGAAACAAAUCAGUUCUACGCCAUGAAGAUCUUGGACAAACAAAAAGUGGUGAAGUUGAAGCAGAUAGAACACACACUAAAUGAGAAGAGAAUACUACAGGCUGUCUCUUUCCCCUUCCUCGUCAGAUUGGAGUACUCUUUCAAGGACAACUCAAACCUCUACAUGGUGAUGGAAUAUGUGCCCGGUGGAGAGAUGUUCUCACACCUCAGACGUAUUGGAAGAUUUAGUGAAAACCAUGCAAGAUUUUAUGCAGCUCAGAUAGUACUCACCUUUGAGUACCUUCACUCCUUAGACCUCAUCUACAGAGACCUGAAGCCUGAAAACCUGCUCAUAGAUCAACAUGGGUACAUCCAGGUCACAGACUUUGGCUUUGCCAAAAGAGUAAAAGGCAGGACCUGGACAUUGUGUGGAACUCCUGAGUACCUGGCUCCAGAGAUCAUCCUCAGCAAGGGCUACAACAAAGCUGUGGACUGGUGGGCACUUGGAGUUCUCGUCUAUGAAAUGGCUGCUGGUUACCCUCCCUUUUUUGCUGAUCAGCCUAUCCAGAUCUACGAAAAGAUUGUGUCUGGAAAGGUACGAUUUCCCUCUCACUUUAGCUCUGACCUGAAGGAUCUGCUGAGGAACCUGCUCCAGGUCGACCUGACGAAGAGAUUUGGCAACCUGAAGAACGGUGUGAAUGACAUAAAGAAUCACAAGUGGUUCUCCGCAACAGACUGGAUCGCCAUCUACGAGAGAAAGGUUGAAGCCCCCUUCUUGCCAAAGUGCAGAGGACCAGGAGACACAAGCAACUUCGACGACUACGAAGAGGAGGAAAUUCGUGUCUCACAAACAGAAAAGUGUGCAAAAGAGUUUGCUGAGUUCUAGUGAGUGGGCAAGAGUCCCAUCAGGGCUCACAAGUUUUGGGAUAUUUGCACUCUCCUGAGGGUUAAGGUGGAACUGAGGCCGUCACGUGUUCAAAACAAAUGCCUCGUUCCUUCAUUCCACACAGCUGAAUGAGGUCCUUCUUGCCAUGAUCCUGCGUGCAGUAAGCACUAACCUAUACACAGGCACAUUAUGCAGACACCCCUUGUGCUGCAACACAAAAAUACUAGACCACGUUCUCAUAUUCUUAUUUUUUUAUGUUUGCCACUUUUGAAUUGCCUCCCUCGUCCUUAUUUCAAUUCAAAUAAUUAUUUGAAAAGCAACAUAAAAAUCAAAACUAAUAUUAUGCUCUUUUUCAAAUGGCACAAAGAGUGGUUGAUUGUAUUAGCUGGUAUUGCACAUAUUGUGAUUUAAGCUUUGGGAAAAUAGAAGGGAUUUUGUUUUGGUUUGAAAAUUCAGUUUUUGCCAGUUACCUGUCGUCUGUUACAUGCCAGGGUGUGUUUUUAGGGUUCAAUUUAUUAUUCAUCAAUCACACUUUUCACACAAUUAACCAUUAUUCAUCAUACUGGUGUCCUUAAGACAUAGAACCGUGUAUUUAUGCAUAUAGAAAUAUACAUAUAUGAUACAUAAGAUUUUCAAACACUUUGUAUUGUUAAAGCAUGACCAAAAUUCAAACAAAGAAACUGGUGUUUAGUGAUGGAAAAAGCAUCACUGAUGACUUCUUGAAGAUUCUGAGUGUUAGCACUCAGGCAUUCAGUUCUUGAAGAGAUGGAUUAACGGUGACAAGUGUUACCGAGGAGCAGAAACUUGUCAGUGCUGUAUUAACUCAAUCGUAGAAUUAUUUUAUCCAGAUCUGGUCCCACCUCAGACAAAGAGAGGUAUUUAAUGAAAGGGAGGAGAUUAUAUAUUUUUCAGGUACAACUAUGUUUCUCAAGAAAGGAAAACUGAAGGAGUUAGAGUUUGUUACUCCACACAACAGAUCAUCCGUCUUUGGUAUGUCCAGAAAUGUAUGAAGUGCAUUGACAUGGCAUUUUUCAAUAGCUGAAAGGUCAGUUUGUUAGAUUUUCCGGAGAGUAUGUUGUUGUGGAUGCAAAGCAGUGUUGGUCCCAUGGACAUAUUUUGUCCAUUCUGGGUUGUGUUUUGUUUUUAAAUUGUGAUUUAAAAGAGCCCUUGGAAGACAUUGUGUUACUGCCAUAUUUGUUUUAUUAUUUGACUUUGCAUGUGUGUUAAGUUUGUACAGCUGUGUCACAACAAGCUAAUAGUGCCCUGAAAGAUUCCCCAUCAUUUUUUGUUGUUUGUUGUUUUGCUGUGUUUUGUUACCUUUUUUUUUUUUUUUUUUUUAAUUGUUUCAUAGCCUGGGACAUUAAUGUAUUAGGUUGUUAUGUGAGUGACAUAUUCCCCUGCAUAAUCACACAAAAGCAAAACUAAAUCAUUAACCAUGAAAUAAUAACAGAAAACAGAAAUAUCAUAACCUAUAUAAGUAUUCAUUCAUCUCUGUCACCAUUUGGUUGGAACAUAUACUUACCUCAACUAUAGCUUGUAGUCUCUUUGCAUCAUUUUUUAACCAAUUUAUACACUGUGAUGGAGCAAUAUUUGCUCAUUCUUCCUCGCAACAUUGCUCAGGCUGAGUCAGGUCAGUUAGAGAACGUUAACAGACAAAAAUGUUUCUGUCUUGUUGCAGAUUUUCAAAGGGAAUAAGGUCAAGAGUCUGACUUUUGAAGAACAUUUAAAUUUUUCAUUGUAAAUCACUCCUGUUAAGUUAUUGUCUACACAUAUUUAAUACAUAUUUUCUCCCCUCAAGAGAAAUAUAGGUUUAUGAGGGAAUGUUCUAUACUGAGCACCAUACAUCAUUUCCCAUGAGUUCUGACACAUUGCCCGUCCUUGCUGCUGAAAUCUAGUCCCUGCCUUUGCAAACUCCUCGCCGGCGUGACAGGUUGACAUUGUGUGUUUAACAGGUGAUCAUAUAAUCUGUAUGUCAAAGGUUCAAUACCUACAAAGCCAAGGUGUCCACUUGUUGAACUUCCAGAUGUCAGAAAAGACCUGAUUGCUCUUGCUUCUGUGAUCCUUUGAUUCUCUAGAGGGAAGUUUGUCUCUGCCGUCCACAGGGAGGUCAGAGUUUGAGGUCAUUUCUGCAGGUCGGACACUCAGGGUUGUGGGGAAAUCAAAGUUUUACAUUUCACAUCUUGUUGGAAACAAUAAUGCAUUGUUGACAGUCUUUCAAUUUAACAUCUCUUAAGUCUUCUGAAGUUUUCAUAAUUAUUUGACAUGGUGCUCAAGUGUUUGUAGAUGAGAACAAUGCAAUUUAAUCAAGUUCAACAAUCUUAGACAAACAAAUGUGAAAAAGGUUUGGUGACUGAAUGCUUUUUUUAAGGUACUGAUGUACUGUAUAUUGAUAUUGGCUAUGCCUGAAUUUAAACUUCUUUUUCAUAUAUUGAGCACAUGACGUGAUAUUUUAUUUAGCCCUGAUUUCAUUUUAAAAGGCACAACUGUUUCUAAUGCUAUUAUUAUUUAAAUUAGAGAUGUCUUAAAAAGUUCUUGCAAAGUUCUCGGUAUAUAUAUAAGGAGACUUUUAUUCACAAAAGCGUUAUAAACAGUGAAUAUAUUGGAUUAUUUAUUUGUACCACGUUUAUUUUCAUUUGCCCUUUAUUAAAAAGAAAACAUUUAUAGAAAUUAAAAUAUUCACCACAGUUAAUACCCAUUUAUGCCACUCAAGCCUGUUUAAAUUUGAAGCCUUUUAAUUGAACUUAUUUUCUUUUUUUUCUUAACCUUUUUUGUUUUAUUUCUUUACUUAGGAAAAUAACUUUAUUAAAGGGGAUCCAACAUUA